AUGGAUCGCCGCCAUGCUCAUGAUGAGGAUGAGAAGGUCGAGUUGAACACUUAUCGCUACCAAUCGAACAACGUCAGCUUCGAUCAAGAGCCCUUCUCACCAUCACCGAUCUCCCCGAGAGCCCUCACUCCCGUCAGGCCCGGUCAUUUCCCUACCGAUGAAUAUGGUCAGCCUGUCUGGCUGCAGCCCUCUGCUCGGAUGUCCGGUCACUCCGACUCGAUCAACGGAUCGCCGUGGAAUACACAAACGCCCUACGAUUCCCGAUCAGCUUCCCCAACCUUGUACCAGGGUGGUGUGCAAGAAAGUCACCAGAGUCUCGCCCCGUUGGUAACGGCGCCGGCCUCGCCCGGAUUCGCCAAGGAUUGGGUCAAGUCGGGAUCGAUUGCUCGAAUCCACGACCGAGACGAUGUGGAAAUUUGGAAAGGAUGGAAGCGUUGGGUCUUCUUCCUCGUGCCCUUCCUGACUUUGGCAAACACGGGUAUCUACCUGUUCUAUCUGGGCCUGCGCAUUGCGUGUAUUAUUAUGGCGCAAAAUGUGGCCGGGGUAUCCUACGCCGGAGCGUGGGUGUUUGUCGCUAUUGAAAUCACUGUCGCAAUCCCCUCGCUCAUGCACAACUGCUGGACGAUGAUGGCCCUGAAGAAGCGUGGCCGCGCCAAGCUGCGACUUACCGGUAAUGAAUGCCCGACAGUCGAUGUUUUCAUCACCUGUUGCGGAGAAGAAGACGAGGUUGUCAUGGAUACUGUUCGCGGUGCCUGUGACCAGGACUACCCCCGCGACUCGAUGCGAGUGAUCAUCUUGGACGACGCCAAGUCCAAGACCCUCGAAGACGCCUGCAACCAGCUCGCUACGGUUCACCCCAACGUCAUCUACAUGGCCCGUGAAAAGAUCCCUGGCAAGCCCCACCACUUCAAGGCGGGUAACCUCAACUACGGUCUAGACCAGGUGAACCUGCUUCCCGGGGGCGCUGGCCAGUUCAUGGCUGCCCUGGAUGCUGAUAUGAUUCCCGAGCAAGACUGGCUCCGUGCGAUCCUUCCCCACUUGUUGGUGGAUCCCAAGAUGGCCCUUGCAUGCCCGCCUCAGCUGUUUUACAACACCCCUGCAUCCGACCCCCUCGCCCAAAGUUUAGAUUUCUUCGUGCAUGUUAUUGAGCCGAUCAAGGACGCCCUCGGUGUUGCCUGGUGUACCGGUUCGGGAUACGUUGUCCGCCGCGAGGCCCUCGAAGAGAUCGGCAACUUCCCGCUCGGUUCGUUGGCGGAAGAUGUCGCGACCUCCACCCUCAUGCUUGGCAGAGGAUGGAGGACCGCAUACGUCCACGAACCUCUUCAAUUCGGUACCGUCCCAGAGGACUUUGGUGGACAUCUCAAGCAACGUACACGAUGGGCCAUUGGAACCGUCGACACCGCUGCCAAGCUCAAGUUCUGUCUCUGGGGAGAUGCCGUUCGAAAGAUGACAUUCGCCCAGCGCUUCUCCGGUUUCCUCUAUGCUACCCUUAGUGUGUACACUCUGCUGCUCACCGCAUCCCUCUUCGCCAUUCCUAUCAUUCUGCUGUGGGGCAAGCGCCUCGUCGCCUUUGCUACCGAGGAGCAACUCCGCUGGUUGAUCUGGGCCUGUUUCGCCGCGACCAUUUCCAACCGUCUCUGCGAAAUGGCCCUCUUCAUUCCUGCCGGCUACCACACCGGUCAGCGAGGCUCGCGCUACCAACUCUGGAUGUCGCCCUACAUCGCCCUCUGUAUCGUGCGCUCUUUCCUCCUUCCCACCUGGCUGGGUGGUCAAACCCAGGCCUUCAAGCCUACCGGUUCCCUCGGCUCCACCUUGAACGAGCGUGACCCCAAAAAGUCCAAGAACAUGUUUGUUCGUCUUCGCGUUAUCCUCUUCAACUACAUGGCUAGUUUCCACCUAGCUUUCGUCUACGUCACCCUCAUCGCAGUUGUCAUCUCCUCUUACCGUUGCUUCGCCCAAAACUCCGGCUUCAGAGAUAUCAUCCUGUGUCUUAUCACCCACGCGUUCUGGCCUCCACUUACCUUCCUCUUCAUCUGCUCUUCGCUCUGGACCCCCGUCUCCUAUGCGAUUCACCCACCUUCCAUGCCGGAUCGCGAAGAUCUCCUCACUCGCGAUCCCAAAACCGGUGUUGCCCACCCGACCAAGAAGAGCAAGAAGAUUGCCUUCGGUGGCCAAGCCGCAUGGUUCGAGCUCCAGUACAUGGUCGCCACCGUCGCGACAGUCCUGGUCUUUGUUUAUUCCUUCAUCUUCUGA